AUGGAGUGCAAUAAAGAAGAAGCCACAAGAGCAAUGUCUAUAGCAGAGAAGAAACUCACAGAGAAAGAUUACAACGGGGCCAAGAAAUUCGUCAGCAAGGCUCAGAGCUUAUAUCCAAACCUUGAUGGUCUGAGACAAGUUCUAACGAUGAUAGAUGUUUUCGUCUCUGCAUCAAACCAAAACAACAACGAGUCUGAUUUGUACGGAAUCCUCGGUGUGGAUCCUUUAGCUGAUGACGUAACAGUGAAGAAACAUUACAAGAAGUUGGCUCUUCUUCUACAUCCCGACAAGAACAAGUUUCUUGGCGCCAAAGAAGCGUUUGAGCUUGUUUUAGAUGCUUGGUGUCUUUUAUCUGAUCACUCUAAGAGAAAGUCUUAUGAUCAACAGAGAAAAUACAAAGAAGAACAGCAAAAGAGAGACGCUGAUGCAAACCAAGAAGAAGAAAAAAUCAAGAGAUGGUUUGACGAGUUACGAGAGGCAGAGAGGCGUUUCAAGAAUGGGAUGAGGAGAGAAAAUGAAAACUCGACAGCAGAAGCAGAGAGGCUCUUCAAGAGGAGAGUGUUCACAACAGGAAACGCAAACUCUACAUCUGAGGCAGAGAGAUUAUUCAGGAAGCCAAUGAAAGCAGAAGAUGCAAACUCUACUUCAGAGGCAGAGAGACUCUUUGGGUGGAGGCCAUGGAGAUGUGUGAACUAA